AUGCCCCGCGAAGGCACUCGAUCUGCGACUGGAAACUCCAGGCCGCGCGUUUUUCAAACUAUCGACACCGCUCCCGCCGUUACGCGCAAGAAGCCGGCGACCGCCAGGACGAAGAAGGCACCAAGCGCCGGCGCUGACUCUGCGACGGAGGCAAAGACAAGGGCCAAGGCUGCGACAGGCCCCAAGUCCACCGGAGUGACCAAGAAGAAAGCCGCGCCUAAGAAGGCGACAGCCGGCUCCAAGGCAAAGGCUGCCGUGAACAAGGCCGAAGCCAAGAUCAAGGACAAGACUGCUCCCAAAGACACGGCGUAA